UCCGGCCAGACCUGUCGACCCGGUGGGACCUCAGAAGCCCCGCCCGACCCCGUGACCCCGUGACCCCGUGACCCCCGCCCGACCCCGGAGCGCGGCAGAGCUGCUAGCCGUCACCGCCCAGCGCAGGCCGUGACCCCUGGAGGAUGCUCGUCAGUGCCCUGCUACGCUGUGAGAGGCUGCCCUUCCCGCGCCUGGCCUGGGCCUGGGCCUCCUCCUGGCCGACUCCCGGGAGACCCAGAGGAAGAGGCCUCCUGCACACGCACCCCACAGCCCCCUCGGACAGGACUGCCCCUGUGUUUACCCGCGCCCUGGCCUUUGGGGACAGGCUUGCCCUGGUGGAUCAGCAUGGCCGCCACACCUACAGGGACCUUUAUUACCGCAGCCUCCGCCUGUCUCGGGAGAUCUGCAGGCUCUGUAACUGUGUGGACGGGGACCUCCGGGAGGAGAGGGUGUCCUUCCUGUGCGCCAAUGAUGUCUCCUAUGUCAUUGCCCAGUGGGCCUCGUGGAUGAGUGGCGGCAUCGCGGUCCCCCUGUUCCGGAAGCACCCGGAGGCCCAGCUGGAGUACUUCAUCCGGGACUCGCGGAGCUCUGUGGUUGUGGCCGGCCAGGAGUACGUGGAGCUGCUGCGCCCAGUGGUCAGACGGCUGGGGGUCCCGCUCCUGCCUCUGUCGCCUGCCAUCUACCUUGAGGCAGCAGAGGAGCCGGCAGAGGGGCAAGAGCAGGGGCAGGAGUGGGAGUGGCGGGACCGGGGCGCCAUGAUCUUCUACACCAGCGGGACCACAGGGAGGCCCAAGGGUGCUCUGAGCACCCACCGCAACUUAGCAGCCGUGGUUACUGGGCUGGUCCACGCUUGGGCAUGGACCAGAGACGACGUGAUCCUCCACGUCCUCCCUCUGCACCAUGUCCAUGGCGUGGUCAACAAGCUGCUCUGUCCACUCUGGGUGGGAGCCACCUGCGUCAUGCUGCCCGAAUUCAGUGCUCAGCAGGUCUGGGAGAAGUUCUUGAGCUCUGAGACUCCCCGGAUUAACAUGUUUAUGGCGGUGCCCACAAUAUACGCCAAGCUGCUGGAUUACUAUGACCAGCACUUCACCCAGCCUCACGUCCGGGACUUUGUGCGUGCCGUGUGUGAAGAAAACAUCAGGCUGAUGGUGUCAGGCUCGGCGGCCCUGCCCACCCCUCUGCUGGAGCAGUGGAAGCACGCCACUGGCCACACGCUGCUGGAGCGCUACGGCAUGACUGAGGUCGGCAUGGCCCUGUCCAACCCGCUGGCCGGAACUCGCCUGCCAGGUUCUGUGGGGACCCCGCUGCCGGGAGUGGAAGUGCGCAUUGUCUCUGAGGGCCUGCAGAAGGAGGGCUGCCCCUACGCCGUCCACGCGGAGGGAGACGAGAGCGGGACAAAGGUGUCCCCRGGGUUUGAAGAGAAGGAAGGGGAGCUGCUGGUCAGGGGACCCUCUGUGUUCCGAGAAUACUGGGACAAACCAGAAGAGACAAGAAGUGCGUUCACCGCGGACGGCUGGUUUAAGACAGGGGACACUGCUGUGUUCAAGGAUGGCAAGUACUGGAUCCGAGGCCGGACCUCAGUGGACAUCAUCAAGAYGGGAGGCUACAAGGUCAGCGCCCUGGAGGUGGAGCGGCACCUGCUGGCCCACCCCAGCAUCGCAGAUGUGGCUGUGAUUGGGAUUCCAGAUGUGACAUGGGGCCAGCGGGUCACAGCUGUGGUGACUCUUCAAGAAGGACACUCAUUGUCCCUCAGGGACCUCAAGGAGUGGGCCAGGUAGGGCAGGGGCCCAGGAUGGAGUGUCCUGGGGACUGAGAGGGGCAGAGUGGACUGUCCUGGGAUGUGUAAUGACAGGGUGGACCAUCCUGGGCAAUGAGGAGAUGGCCCCGGUCUUGGCAUUGUCCCUUUUAGAGGUGGACAAGAGGAGCAGCCAGGCCAGCAGUGAGGCCUGUGGGCGGUGCUGUCUCUGAGUGCAGACCUGGAGAGAGGACACCCCUGCCCUGACAGGAUGCGGCAGAGGGGCACGUCCUGGGCCCUGGGCCGUCCCUGCUCCAGGGUCAGUCUCAGAUCGGCAGCAGGCCCUCCCCUUCUAGACCUGCGGAGCCAGGCCCCGUGUCCUGAGCCCCCACCCCUUCCCCUUCCCGUCCUCAGGGUGGCCCCAGCUGCUCGUGCCAUGCUGGCCCCUUGCUGGCCUGCAGCAGAGCCUCCCCUGGGCCCUCCCCAUGCUCCCCACAGGCCRCUCUCCUCCCGCGUUGGCCCCGGUGGGUUCAGGCACCCCAGGGACCACCCGGGCCUGGUGGUCCCGCCCAGACUAGGCUGAGCUGUCCUUCAAGGCCAGGCAGGAUGAUGGGGACCCUCUGGGACCUUCGGGGCGGAGCCUCAAGGGGCCAGCAGACUAGGCUGCAGCUGCGGCCCAGCUGUGUCCCGAGCCCUCCCAGACCAGGGCCUCCCACUCUCGCGCUCUGCCCAGCCCGUCCCCUCCUCCUCCGGCUGAGGUGGCUCYGGCUCGUCCAGAACAGUCUCCAGCAGCGGGAGCCUGUGCUGCGUCGGGGCAGUUGGCGUCCCCGAGGGCAGC